CGGCACGCCCCGACACAACGGAGCAUGAAACGCCCGGUCCACGCAGCGGCCUCCGCGAGCGCAGAGAUAAAAGGAAGGCAAGGCUAUCCGGUACGCCGGCACAAACCGCACCACUCGCGCACCACACUUCCACCAGCCAUCUCCAGUCCUCGCUGUCGCUGCCUACAGGAAGGAGCACACGCGCUCGCUCGCAGCCCCCCGCUCCUGCUCGCUUCCCGCGUCGCUGCCGUCGGCUGAGCGGCCCCCGACGAGGGACGAGGGUGGAGGAGAGGCGUCGCCGGACGGAGCUGCGAGGUGUUUGUAGGAUUGCGUGCGUAGGCGAGCUUUCGAAGCUUGGGCAUAGCCAUCGCCAUGGCCACCGGGGUGGCACCGGCUCCGCUCCCGCACGUCAAGGUCCGCGGCGGGGGCAUCGGCUUCACCAAGAGCGUCGACUUCGCCAAGGUCCUCUCCGUUCCCGGUGCGCUGAGGACGGCGUCCUCGAGAGGCAGGGCGCUCGUGGUGUGGAGCUCAAGUACAGAGUCUGAUACCAUGGAGCUCGAGCCGGCCUCCGAAGGAAGCCCACUUCUUGUUCCCAGGCAGAAGUACUGCGAAUCUAUCCACCAAACAAGGAGGAGAAAAACACGGACUGUGAUGGUCGGGAACGUGGCACUUGGCAGUGAUCACCCCAUGAGGAUUCAGACUAUGACUACCUCAGAUACCAAGGAUGUUGCCAAGACCGUGGAAGAGGUGAUGAGGAUAGCAGAUAAAGGCGCUGAUUUUGUUAGAAUAACCGUCCAGGGUAAAAAGGAAGCUGAUGCCUGCUUUGAGAUUAAGAACACUCUUGUCCAGAAGAAUUACAACAUCCCUCUAGUGGCCGAUAUUCACUUUGCGCCUACAGUAGCUUUAAGAGUGGCCGAAUGCUUUGACAAAAUCCGUGUUAACCCAGGAAACUUCGCCGAUCGCCGUGCCCAAUUUGAGAAGCUGGAAUAUACUGAAGACGAUUAUGAAAAGGAGCUUGAACAUAUUGAGAAGGUCUUUUCUCCAUUGGUUGAGAAAUGCAAGAAGUAUGGAAGAGCAAUGCGUAUUGGAACAAAUCAUGGUAGUCUUUCUGACCGGAUAAUGAGCUACUAUGGUGAUUCUCCAAGGGGAAUGGUUGAGUCUGCUUUGGAAUUUGCUAGGAUCUGCCGGAAUUUGGACUUCCAUAACUUUGUAUUUUCAAUGAAAGCAAGUAACCCUGUUGUCAUGGUCCAAGCAUAUCGCCUGCUUGUAGCGGAAAUGUAUAACCUUGGAUGGGAUUAUCCUUUGCACUUGGGAGUUACCGAAGCUGGUGAGGGUGAAGAUGGGAGGAUGAAGUCUGCUAUUGGCAUCGGAACACUUUUGAUGGAUGGCUUGGGUGAUACAAUCCGUGUAUCCCUCACAGAACCACCAGAGGAAGAAAUUGAUCCUUGCAGGAGACUCGCAAAUCUUGGAACUCAGGCUGCAAACCUUCAAAUAGGAGUGGUCCCAUUUGAAGAAAAACAUAGGCGCUAUUUUGAUUUCCAGCGUAGAAGUGGCCAGUUGCCUUUACAGAAGGAGGGUGAGGCAGUAGAUUACAGAGGUGUCCUUCAUCGUGAUGGCUCUGUUCUGAUGUCAGUGUCCUUAGAUCAGUUGAAGGCUCCUGAGCUCCUUUAUAGGUCUCUUGCUGCAAAGCUUAUAGUUGGCAUGCCUUUCAAGGAUUUGGCAACUGUAGAUUCUAUUCUUUUGAGAGAACUCCCCCCUGUAGAAGAUGCUGAAGCAAGACUUGCACUCAAAAGAUUAGUUGACAUUAGCAUGGGCGUGUUGACUCCCUUAUCAGAGCAAUUGACAAAGCCACUCCCACAUGCAAUUGUGCUUGUCACCCUUGAUGAACUAUCAAGUGAUGCAAACAAGCUUUUGCCAGAAGGCACUAGAUUUGCUGUCACUCUUCGUGGAGAUGAAUCAUAUGAGCAGCUAGAUGUUCUUAAGAGUGUUGAUAAUAUAACGAUGCUGUUACAUAACAUUCCAUAUGGUGAAGAGAAGACUGGUAGAGUACAUGCUGCUAGGAGGCUGUUUGAGUACUUAGAGACCAAUGGUUUGAACUUCCCUGUGAUCCAUCACAUUGAUUUCCCUAAAAGCAUCGAUAGAGAUGGUCUUGUUAUUGGUGCUGGGAGCAAUGUUGGUGCUCUUCUAGUUGAUGGUCUGGGUGAUGGUGUACUUCUUGAAGCUGCUAACCAGGAGUUUGAAUUCUUGAGGGAUACAUCCUUCAACUUGCUACAGGGUUGCCGGAUGCGCAACACAAAAACUGAAUAUGUCUCUUGUCCUUCUUGUGGACGAACGCUCUUCGACCUCCAAGAAAUCAGUGCUCAGAUUAGAGAGAAGACCUCUCAUCUGCCUGGUGUCUCUAUUGCUAUUAUGGGUUGCAUUGUUAAUGGGCCAGGAGAGAUGGCUGAUGCCGACUUUGGAUACGUUGGAGGUGCCCCUGGAAAGAUCGACCUUUAUGUUGGGAAGACCGUUGUGCAACGGGGAAUUGCAAUGGAGGGUGCCACUGAAGCCUUAAUUCAGCUAAUCAAGGACCAUGGCCGUUGGGUGGAUCCUCCUACAGACGAGUAGGCUCAUGCUGUUUCCGGUAGUUCAUGUGUAGCCCGUAAACGAUCCGCUAGCGGAAAAUACAGUGUAUCCACAGAGGUCAUCCCCGCACAUAUUAUAUGUUAGUUGGGAAAUAAAAUAGUAACAAUGUCGGCUGCGAUUCUGCGACAUCUUGAUGAAGCAUAAGCAGCAUAGAAGCCUCUUGAAAUCACAUCACGGUAUAUCUUAAGCAUGUAGGAGUACAUUUGUAGAUGACAUGCAGAAAAUCAUAGUGGUUUUACUGUAUCUAGAACUAGAUGAUGCCCGGCUCGUUGCUGCUACAUUGUAUUCACAAAGGACAUCCCAACACAUAUUGUAUAUCAAUUGGGAAAGAAAAAAGUCCAUUUUACUACCCUGAAUAAAGUGGGUGGUUCACUUUA